GGGAUCCAGGCUGUGGAGGUGCCAUGGCCAAGUCCCAGCAGCUGCUGUGGCUACUGCUGCUAUCCACGCUGUGCGGCGCAGGCGCAGCUGACUGGACCGCCUCGUCCCUGGCUUGUGCCUGGGGCCCCGAGUUCUGGUGCCAAAGCCUGGAGCAAGCACUGCAAUGCAGAGCCCUGGGGCACUGCCUACAGGAAGUCUGGGGCCACGCAAAAGCUGAUGACCUGUGCCAGGAAUGUGAGGACAUCGUCCACAGUCUCACCAAGAUGAUCAAGGAGGCCAUUUUCCAGGACACGAUGCGGAAGUUCCUGGAGCAAGACUGUGAUGUUCUGCCCUUCAAGCUUCUCGUGCCCCAGUGCCAUCACCUGCUUGACACCUACUUCCCAGUGGUCGUCAACUACUUCCAGAGCCAGAUCAACCCGAAGGUCAUCUGCAAGCACCUGGGCCUGUGCAAACCUGGGCGUCCAGGGCCAGGGCAGGAGUCAGGGCUGUCAGACCUGCUGCCGGAGAAGCUGAUCCUCCCCGGGCUGCCAGGAACCCUCCAGGAUCUCUCUGAGCCUCGGCUGCCCAUCCCCCUCCCCUACUGCUGGCUCUGUAGGACUCUGAUCAAGCGGAUCCAAGUUGUGAUUCCCAAGGGUGUGCUGGCCAUGGCUGUGGGCCAGGUGUGCCAUGUCGUACCCCUGGUGGUGGGUGGCAUCUGCCAGUGUCUGGCUGAGCGUUACACCGUCCUGCUGCUGGACGUGCUGCUGGGCCGCGUGCUGCCCCAGAUGGUGUGCGGCCUGGUCCUCCGGUGCUCCAACGGCGCUGGCCCCGCUCUGGAGUCCCUGCCCGGAGAAUGGUUACCUCAAGAGUCCGAGUGCCACGUCUGCAUGUUCGUGACCACACAGGCCGGGAACAGCAGCGAGCAGGCCAUGCCGCAGGCAAUACCCCAGGCCUGCCUCAGCUCCUGGCUGGACAGGCAAAAGUGCGAGCAGUUUGUGGAGAGGCACACACCCCAGCUGCACACCCUCAUGGCCGGGGGCCGGGAUGCCCACGCCACCUGCCAGGCCCUGGGCGCGUGUAAGACCACGUUCAGUCCUCUCCAGUGUAUGCACAUUCCUCAGUUCUGACGAGAACUCAGAGCCAUGCCAGCCCAAAGCAGAGCCACUUUCUUCCUCUCCGGGUGUGAGGAGCAGCCAGGGCAGCAUCUGCUGGAGGAGAUCUGUAAGAGGCGGCUUCCGGCCCGGGGACUUCCGGCCAGACUUCACACACCCCACUGGAGCCAGCCCAGCUCCCACAACACCCCCGGGCUGGGUCCUGGGGAACUCGUCAGCCACACACUCCUUCCCUGGCUCCAAGAGGACAGCCUGCCUCACUUUCAUCUCCAUGUGCAUAAGAUAUUGGCUUUUACAGUGGUUUUGCCAAUACUUUCACAAAACUCAAAUUCAGAAGAAUAAAAAAAAAAAAUGGGAACAUCAAGUACCAUAAAAGAUAGAUAUAUGAAGUCAAACUUUAAAAAAAAAAUCAGGAAAUCCAUGACUUGUCAAGAAUGGACGCGGCAGGGCUCAAGCAAGGUGGGAAGGUGAUUGGACAAACUUUCAUAUUUGAGAUGUUCUCCGGCUUAAGAGCUAUCACUUUAAGAUGUAAAAAGGGGUUUUCUUUUUAUCUUUUUGUAAGGCAAGCUUCCUCCAAGUUUUGGUUAAAAUUCCAGUGUGAUUCCAUUUCUGCUAUGAUUUAUCUCCUCAAAGCUCAGUUGGGGCACGUGCUAAAAAUCAGUUCCUAUGUAAUCCAAUGCCUGUAACAAUACCAAUAAAGCCUACUGCUUCAUACUAAAAGGAAAAAGACAGUCAUUGAAAAUGCCCCCAAAGCCGCAGCCUCGUGCGGCUGGACUGGGCAGCAACAUCACUCUCCUCCUUGAGGGAGAAGUAGGCGUCCACGGGGCUGCCCCUGCCCCGUAACUGCUUCCCGCCCCGCCCCCUCCCCUCUCCCAAAGAGCCCACUCAUGGGGAUGAGAUGAGGUUGUUAGGGUACCCAAAAAAUCAAAAUGUACAACAAAAUUAAAUAAACCUUUAUCUUUAAAGAC